AUGGCCGCUUCUCCAGGAACGAGUGACAUUGUGGAUUCACAAAUAAGAAUAACAUUUUGUUCUGUUUUACAACCUGCCAGAAAGAAAAAACGAGGUUCUGCGUUGCAUUGUUGUGUUCCACAAUGUAACAAUGACUCCCGUUACAACAGCUCGUUGUCUUUUCAUCGUUUUCCAAAGAAAGACGAACAACUCAGAGCAAACUGGAUCGUAAAAAUUCGACGAGACAUAGGUGAAAACUUUAAGCUCACUGAAGGCACCAGGGUUUGCUCUGCACAUUUUGUAGAUGAAGAUUUUCUGCCCCCUGAUCGGGCUGGUCGACGGAAUUUUAAAAAAGAUUCUGUCCCGUCUGUUUUUAAUUGGCCAGCUAGAACGACCCAAAGAAGAAAGAUUGUACGACAUGUUGAAAGUGAGACACAAACAGACGAGAGUGAUGUAGAGCCUGAGCAACCUGAAGCACCAUCUCAAUUAUAGCAAGAUUAUCAGGCUGCAAGGAGUGAGAUUCAAAGCCUAAUGGAGCAGCUGAAAAUAACUUAGUUGGAAGUGAGCAAAAAGGAGACUGAGAUGAAAUACUCAAGGAGGCUGCUGCUGCCACAAAGGAGUCA